AUGGAUCUCCCCUCUUCCUUAAACCCUCUUGCCCCUGUCUUCACCCCCACCCCCACCCCAACCCCUAACAGCCCAAACCAAACCCAUGCCUCGCCUUCGCAACCACGCACUGACCCGGAGGAGCCCAUCCCAACCACACUCCUCUCUCCUAAACUCAACCCCAGAUGUGGCUAUUCCCUUUUGCUUUACCACCACAGACUCACAAAGCCAACAGGGCUGGUACAUGAUGACAGGAGGUCACUACCAAAGGGUGGACGAUCGUCUGAUCUAAGAGAUUCAAAGGGAUCCCACCCACAUCUUGGGGUGGUUCGAUCUGGAAGUAAUGAACAUUUGGAUGACCCUCUCCCCUCUCUUCCCUGUUCCAGCACAAUAUCUUCAUCGCCAAACUGUGGUGGUAACUUACCUGUCAACACCCUUCACCCAUCUCUCCGAUUUCCCUCCACAGGUGAUUCAAUUGAACCAGAUUGUGACCCAACCUACCCAAUUUCUCCCAAAUCUCCAAAGUUUCCAGAACAACCUAGUUGUGGAGACUCUCUUUCCUAUCCCAGAAUCCCCACCGCUGGACUUUCAUCGUCUCUUCACCAUCCCAAGGGAGUUCAUUCUCCCAAGCCAAUUUCCCAAAGUGGAGAAAAUCCUAGCAGAACCAGAUCUCCUCCGCCUUCGCGUUAUCGCCAAAUCUUACACGUACAUUCAAAUUCUGCUAGUUGGUUUUUCUCUGCUAUUUAUGCAAGUCCUCACUUUAACCUAAGAAGAGACUUGUGGGAUAACCUUAAGCUUUUUGCUGAUAACCACAACUUUUCUUGGCUUAUAGUGGGUGAUUUCAAUGAAAUUCUUUCAAAUGCGGAUAAAUUUGGUGGGCGAGCCAUUAAUCCUUAUCGCUCCCAGAGAUUCAAAAGUUGCAUAGAUCACUGUGGCCUUAUGGACUUGGGUUUUUCUGGACCCUGUUUCACUUGGACCAACCUUAGACAAGCUAGUGGAAUCAUCAGAGAGCGGCUUGACCGUGCUCUUUGUAACAAUGAUUGGCACCUUUUACACCCUGACACAACAAUUUUUCACCUCCCCAGAAUCCACUCUGAUCACUGCCCCAUUCUCCUCAAUCUAAAUCCUCACCUCCAAAGUUGGAGCAAUCCCACUAACCCUUACACCAACUGUGUUUCUGAUUUUAAAGAUAGAGUCUCUCUUUGGAAUAAGACCACUUUUGGUAAUAUCUUCCUUCGAAAAAAAAGACUUGCUGCUAGGAUUCUUGGGGUUCAAAAAUCUCUUGACUCUGUUUCAAAUCCCUUCUUCCUUGAUCUUGAAAAAUCUCUCAUCAAUGACUAUAAUGGUAUUCUCAAAAUGGAGGAAGAUUUUUGGGCCCUCAAAGCCAGAAUUAACUAUACUCUUGAUGGCGACCGAAACACAAAAUUUUUUCAUGCUUCUGUUCUGUCCCACCGCAGAAGAAAUAAAAUCUUUGCCCUAAAAAAUUCAAACAACAGCUGGUUGUACGAAGAGGGUCAGAUUAAAGAGGUUAUUGAAAUUAGGUCUGUUCUUCGUACUUUCAAGCCCUGGAAAGCUCCUGGCCCUGAUGGCCUCCACCCAGCUUUCUUCCAACGCUGUUGGAAUCUCAUAAACACCUCUGUUUUCCUUUGUGUGAGAGAUGCUUUCGUCACUGGCAAGAUCCAACCUGAAAUUAAUCAAACCCUUCUGUGUCUUAUCCCCAAAUCUGACCACCCUGAAACCAUCACUCAAUUUCGUCCCAUUGGGCUUUGUAACACUAUUUAUAAGGUGAUUACCAAAACCCUUGUGGCUCGUCUUCGCCCCUUUUUGAAUGACAUCAUCAGUCCUCUCCAAUCAAGUUUCAUUCCGGGCAGAAAAGGAACUGACAAUGUCAUCAUUGUUCAAGAAUGUGUCCAUCAAUUCAAAUCCAAAAAAGGGAAAUCCGGAAACAUGCUCAUCAAGUUAGAUCUCGAAAAGGCUUUCGACCGUCUUGAAUGGGGUUUUAUUAGACAAGUCUUAACCUUCUUCAACUUUCCCCCCCUCUGGAUCAUCCUCAUCAUGUCUUGUGUUUCCACAUCAUCCAUUGCUAUCUUGUUUAAUGGUGGUUUGACUGAUUCUUUUACACCCACUAGAGGUAUCCGUCAAGGCAAUCCCUUAUCACCUUGUCUUUCCAUUCUCUGCCUUGAAUACCUCUCCAUUACCAUCAACAAGGCUUGUGAUGAAAAUCUCUGGGCUCCAAUCAAACUUAGUAGGGGUGGUCCGCAACUAUCCCAUCUUUUCUUCGUGGAUGAUCUCAUCCUCUUUGGUAAAGCUACUAAAAGCAAUUGUGAGUGCAUCAAAAAUAUUUUGCAAGACUUUUGUACCCAAUCAGGCCAGAAAGUUAGUUUCCUUAAAUCAAAAGUCUUAUUUUCAACCAACCUCAAUACCGAAAUCCAAGAUCACCUUGCCCUCACUCUCCAAAUCCCAAAAACCACUAAUCUUGGCAAAUAUCUAGGCUGCCCUAUCUUUCAUAACAGACCCAACAGAGCCACCUACCACUUCCUCGUUGAAAAAAUUCAGUCCAAACUUAGUGGUUGGAAGAGCAAAUUAUUAUCAAACGCUGGUCGCACCACUCUCAUUAAAGCUGUUAAUGCCGCCAUUCCCUCUUACAUUAUGCAAUGUAAUUAUCUCCUCAUUUCCACUUGUAAAGCUCUUGACAAAAUCAAUAGGGACUUUCUUUGGGGUUCAAAUACUGUGAUCCGCAAAAUCCAUGCCAUUAGUUGGGACACUGUGACCAAACCUAAACACUUCGGGGGUUUGGGUAUUAGGCAAUCCAACCUUGUUAACCGUGUUGCGAUGGCAAAACUAGGUUGGCGCUUGCAACGUGAUAAAGAUGCCUUGUGGGUUAAGGUUCUUAAUGCCAAAUAUAAAAAUCCCAACCUUAGACCCACUAGAGCUUCACCAACUUGGAGAGGUAUCCAUAAAGGUCACAAUAUUAUUGAAAAAGGAACCAAAACCCUCCUUAGGAAUGGCUUAACCACAUCCUUUUGGUUGCAUAACUGGGUGGGCAUUGGUUUACUUAGGAAUGUCAUAUCGGGUCCUCUCACUAGGGAUGAAGUGUCCUUGAAAAUUAGUGACUGUGACGAUCAAGCUAUUUGGAAUUUUUCUGUGAAUGGUGAUUUUCAAUCAAAAUCUGCCUACCUCCUUUCAAAAGAUUUCAUCAUAUCCCCCCCUUUAUCCAAUUGGGAUUGGGUCUGGCGCAUCCAUGCUAGCCCCAGAAUAACCCACUUUCUUUGGUUAUGCCUUCAUCAACGCAUCAUCACCAAAUCCCUACUCUUCUGUCGAAACAUCACCUCGGAUGAUACUUGUCCCCUUUGUUCGCUUGCUCCUGAAACCACUUGCCAUAUCCUUAGAGAUUGCCCAAGCUCACAAGAUCACUGGAACUCCAUUGGGAUUCCUCCACUUCUCAAGGACUCUUUCAACCUUGCCUUCACUGAUUGGGUCCGCACAAAUUGUCAAUCCGCAGUACUUCAUUCCACCAAUGUUGCUUGGUCCAUUAUUUUCCCAAUCACUUGUUGGUCCCUUUGGAAAGCUAGAAACUCUCACUGUUUCUCCCCAAACAACCCUACCCCUUUUAACCCUUCACUUAUCACUUCCUUGGCCCUUGAAUGGCAGCAUACCUCCACCCUAUUCCAACCUACCAGAACAAAAUCCACCCAUUUUAUCUCUUGGCACCCUCCCUAUCUUUGCAAUUACAAACUGAACACUGAUGGUUCAGCCAAGGGCUGUCCGGGGCCUGUUUCUGGUGGAGGAAUUAUCCGAGAUAAAUGGGGCCAAUGGGUUACUGGAUUUUGCAGAAACAUAGGAACUGCUUCAAGUCUAGAAGCCGAAUUUUGGGCACUCUGA